CACACUGGGCUGUAAACCCUUCAGUAGCUCUCUAAGGGGUCUCUGCCUUAGUGCGUAAAGUUAAGGACGGUGCUCCGGACGCACCGCGCAACACUUAUUAUCCCUCAGGCUCCAUGUGCGUCACCUCUGCGGGAUACUUGACAAGGAUUUCUGAUAUUUUGAUACUACUACCCGCGCAGGUCACUGACGGAUGAAAACAUUAGCGUUUUGCUGAUGUGAAGGCGUUUUAUCCUUGAACACAUCAUCUGUCCCGGAGCGCAGAGGGGACAUGGGUCAACUUUAUGGUGCGACUCUUUUACCAUUUGGCGCUAUCUGUGUUGCUUUCCUGUGGGGAUCUGGGGCCAGCUCUAUCAGGACGACGCUUGCAGUGGACACCUCGAGAGCGGAGUGUCCAGCUAGUAAGAUCUUGACCGUGGAGUAUCCCUGUGUCAGAGCUGGGGGGAAGAACAGAACUUGUUUCAGGAGGAAAUGCUGUGACGGAUUCAGGUUUGUGAUGGGCCAGUGCAUACCUGAAAGCGUGGAUGUGUGUGCAGCGUCGCCCUGUGAGCAGCAGUGUACUGAUAACUUUGGACGAGUUGUCUGCACAUGUUACCCCGGCUAUCGCUUCGACCGAGAGAGACACCGCAACCACAAAUCUCCUUACUGUCUGGACAUUGAUGAGUGUGAGCAUCCAGACAGCAGCAUGUGUGACCAUGAGUGUGUGAACACAGUGGGCAGCUUCCUGUGUCGAUGUCGCAGUGGCUACAUACUCGCACCGGACCAACACUCCUGCAUCCCUGUACACAACUUGAGUUCAUCGGGGAAGUCAGACACCCUGAUGAGUGCUGGUACCUGCUCGUUCACCUGUCAGGAUUUUCUGAACAUGAAAAACAGUCUGCUGCAGCUAAAACUGAGGCUGGGCAACACACAGUCACCCAACCAGGUACCUGGCCUGGCCAACAGCAGUGACAAGCCGUCUCUGGGGAGGGCAGGAAAAAGUCCUGAUAGCCCUUGUCUUCCUGGUUUACCCGGUCCUCCAGGAGCUCCUGGGGUCCCAGGACACCCAGGAGAACCAGGAAAGAGAGGGGAUCCAGGGGAAGGGGGCCCGCCUGGCCCUCGGGGGCCACGGGGAGACAUGGGUCCCAUGGGUCCAGAGCCAGACCUAAAGCACAUGAAAAGAGGCCGCAGGGGACCAGUGGGACCCCCUGGGGCAACAGGAAGAGAUGGACUAAAGGGUGACAGAGGAGCUCCAGGUCCCAGAGGUCCACCUGGACCACCAGGCUCCUUCGACUUCCUUCUGCUAAUGAUGGCUGACAUCCGCAAUGACAUAAUUGAACUGCAGGAGAAGGUGUUUGGGGAGCGACGGGGCAUCUCUAUGGACAGUCCUCCUCAUUCCAGCGGGGAAAUGGAUUUUGUAGAGUGGGGCUCUGGACAAGGAGAUCUCCUGCUCAGUACCUGACCUUUGACAUCCCACACACAGUAACAUUCUAUCAAACCCACCAAAACAAACACCAAACUUAAAGGAUGCUGGUGGUCAAGUUCCAACAUGUAAAUAAUACCAAACCCCACAGCUGGGAUGGACUGGGCAAGGAGCCUUGAUUGCAUUCUCGACACUGCCACAGACAGUAAAACGGAGAGAUAUAUGGAUUAUAAAAAAACGGAAAUUGGACCACAGCCUCUCUUAACCACUGCAAGCACUGUCUGGCUGCUUUUUAUAUGCUGUGGUGUGAGUGAGGGGUGUGUGUGCAGGACAUAGAGGGAGAACGAUGCAGUGCCUUUAUGUCUGAGUCUGAGCUGAACCACUUCAAACGAUGAACUUUAUCGUCCACAUCUCUUCCUGUUCCUGAGUCUGCCCGUGGAAGCUCUGCUGUCAGACAGACAGUUUGCCUGCAGGGCGUUGGUAUAAAGACCCAGGACUCGCACUGCGAGCCUCCCCUGCACCCGCCUGCAGUAUCAAGUCUGAGCUCUGCAGCUAUUCUCUACACUGAGGCAUCUUCAGAAACUAAUUCAUGAGAUUCAUGGGUAUUACAAUCGUGUUGCCAACUGUUGGACAAAAACAGUCUGAUGUAUUUUUGAAAAUGUACAAUUAAACAACGUCAAGUAUGAUAAACAAAAAAAUAUUUACCGCAAAAUAUGUUCAUAGAUAAUCUCAGAGAGACACUAAAUAUUUAAGACAUUCAAUCUUUUGACAAUACAUUUUAAAUAAGUAGAAAAGCUGGUAUCUGUUUAGAAAGAGAAAUAACAUGCAGUAGUAUGUAAAUAUUACCCUAAAAGGUUGUAGACAAUCAAAUUGAAAGGAUAAAAUUGAUUUAUGUAUUUGGAAGAGUGCAGGAAGGCAGAGACUCAUUUUUAAAGUGACUUUUAACCCAUAUAUUACCAGGCAAGUUGACUGUGAGCAUAUUCUUACAGUAAUAAGAGAAAUGACCUGAAGGGAACGGUUUCAGGCGAAUGAGGGUUGCACAUGUUCUUGUACUUUCACUUGGUGGUUGACCAGAAACAAGAGACAUGAAGAAGGAAGGCUGCUUGAAAGUUAUUUUAUUUUUAUUUUUUUCAAUUUCAAGCAGUUGCCAACAAGGGCUUACUGUUAUUACAAUGGGCAGCUCAAAUAGAUCAGCUGGGGCUCUAAUGUCUGGAUCAAGGGAAUUUUAAUGUUGACCAAAGCGUGAGACAUGCGUGUACCUUUUCCUGCCCAGAUAAUUUUAAACCAUUAGUGCCUUAAGCAGGCAACAGUUACCCAGAGAGUCAAAGUAAUCAAAUCCAACAGUAAGCAGGGAAGACUUUUGUGUGGAAAGUGGAUAUAUAAUACUCCUCUCCUCACUCUUCUUCGUCUUGCAACUCAAUUUGCACCAGUAGCACUGCUGGUGCUCAGUAAACCUUGGACAAAUAAAGUUUAAAAAAACUCAUUUUUCUGACCACACUAUCUUCCUGCUACAAAAUAACAUUUUGAAUUGCACUCCUGCUACCUGAAGUAAAGCCUCUCCACCAGCAGAGGGUGCUAAGUCCCAGGUUAUACCCCUGAAAGUUGGGCCUCACCACUCUAUCACUCUGAAUACCAACCAGGUGAGACAACCAAAGUCACAAUUUUCACCGCAUUACAUGUAUAAUUACCAUCCAAAAAUAUUCAUAGUGUCCCAAACACGCAAGUUAUGUAAAACAAAUAAAUCAUCCUUGAAUUCAUGUGUGAGGCGCAUGCCAUUAUCCUGUUCACAUGCCACUGAACUGUAGCGUGGCUGAGUGUCAUUAUGAAAGGUGUAAGUAUCAGAGGUUAGAGGUCAAAUGCCUGGGUAUAAACAGCUGGGGGGGUGAUUAUAUACCACAGGCUGUCAGACGGGGCCUGUCUGGGCUCGUACCCACCACCAAAGAGAAGUUUGAAAAAUACACUGUGUGUUUGAUCUGUUGUGUUUAAAGCUCACCCUCUCUGGCCUUUUGCUGUGUGUGAUGCUUUUAUCCUGAGGAACAGAUCUCAGUAAAUCGUGUGUGUGCGCGUGUGUGUGUGUGUGUGUGUGUGUGUGUGUGUGUGUGUGUGUGUGUGUGUGUGGUGUGGUGUUACUUGACAGGCUUCUCACCUAACAGCUCCGGCCCCUGCCGUGCAGGCACUGCUCACAGUAGAGUCGUUGCCGGGGCAACCAGGAUCAGGAAAAACAACAUGAAACAAUUUAAGAACCAUGUCAGUGAGAGAGUGAAAGAGAUUAUCUAAUUUCCUUCACCACUUGUCAUGCAACUGGUGGCUUUCCUCUGAGCCUGUAGGGGACAGCAGAGAGGAGGUCAACAGAGUGCACGUCGAAGCAAAAAGUUCACUUACCCCCUUAGACGAUAGAUCUGUCAUCUCCAUCAUAAUGAAAUCAGCAAAAGGAGAAAAGACGUCUGACUUUCAGUAAGGCAAAUGUUUAAUUGUCUUACAUUUACAACUUUUAUCUUAAUUCAUAAAUGGCAGCUUAUGAAAUUGAGUGACAUCAUUUUUUAUCACAGACUAAAUAUACUGUAUCUCUAGUUAUGAAAAUCAUCAUAUCUCAGACUAUCUAGCCAUUGGGAUGCCAAACUCCAUUGAUGUUGAACUGUGAGGAGAGUUGUGUAACUAUUUGCUAUAUAAAGAUACAAUACAUCAAAUUUGGCCAGAUGUUUCCUAGUAUGUGAGGAAUUUCCUCACUGGCACACUAUGGCCAUUGAUAAAUACACCUCUUGCAUGACAGGGCUGUCACUUCAAACUGUGUGUGUGUGUGUGUGUGUGUGUGUGUGUGUGUGUGUGUGUGUGUGUGUGUGUGUGUGUGUGUGUGUGUGUGCGCGUACGUGCGUGCGUGCGUGGGUACGUGCGUAAAUUAGCUUAUGAGAGUGGCCUGUGUACAUGUUUCUUAGUGGGGUUGCGUGUUAGGCAAACACAUACUGUGGUUUUGGAAAUGCAAAUGUGUGUAUUUGAGUGUGAUUAUGUUCUCCUGUGUGGAUCUGUGUUUGGCUGCCUUCAGGGCAGGGUCAGAUGUCAGACUCAGUGAUUCAUUAUCCAGUGUUUAACUCAAAGAUGAAUAAACAGGUCCGAAAGGGUCACAGACGGUCUCAAACUCUCUAUGCCCAAAUUGCUAUCAAAGGACCAUAACAGUGUUUUUAAACAAUGAUACAUUUUUGGAAUUGAUUUUAUACAUUCCAGGCAGUCAUUGACUUCUGCUUAUUACAGCGCAGUUUAAAAUCAACAUGCAUAAAACUAGAAACUUCUUUGAAAAUGUUAGAUAAUCCAUCACAAUGAAUGUCAUUUAAAGUUAUGCCAUCAUGGCAAGGUAUUUUAACUUUUGUUUAUUUCAAAUGAGCCGUACGCAAUCUUUCCCUGUCUCAAGCCUUUGGAAGUUGAUUUCCCUACCUUCCACUCUUAGCCUUGAAGGUGGUCAAAACCUGAUGUAACCUGGUGGUCUCAGAGCCAAAUAAGCGAGCUUGUGACCGGGCGGUCGUCGGUUCAAUCCCCAGACCGACAGGAUCAAAUCUGGGUGGGGAAAGUAAUAGAGCCUCAUUACCACCACUGAGGUGCCCUUGCGCAAGGCCCUCAACCCCAACUGCUCCAGUGCAUCUGCUCAGUGGCCAGCAAAUCAAACUGUGGUUGCACUGGGCAGCUUCCAGGUAUGAAUGUGUAACUGUGUAAAUGUGAUCAGGGUGUUCCUGCCAAAUAGAGGCUUCCUCUCAGUGAACUUUCCCUGAAUAAAUAAAGGUGAAAUAAAAA